AUCUCAACGGAAUUGAAUUGAGCCUCUUAACCUUGAACUGAGAAACUCGCCACAUUUCCUUUAUAAGAAAACACUCAAGAAGACAAGGUUGACCUCAUCGCGACAUCCAAGUUGGAAAUACUUAAGGUCUCUAGAGCUUCUUGGCUAUCAAACAACAGCAUGGCCGCAAAAACACCUGAGAAUCAUGCGGCCUGGAUUUCAAAGGCCAAAGGGCCUCUCUCCAUCUCGCCAGCUCCGUACACGCCACCCGGGCCAGAUCAGGUUGUGGUUCGAGUUCAUGCAAUCGCCAUGAAUCUCAUCGACUGGAUGAAGCAAGAGGUGGGCGACAUGAUGUACGGAUGGAUCAAGUACCCCUUCAUCCUGGGAAAUGACGUGGCUGGAGAGAUUGUCGAGGUCGGCACGAAGGUGCAGAAAUCGGGACAGUUCCGACCUGGUCAACGUGUCACAGGGCUCGCCCUAGGCAUGGACUCGCGCUCUGCAAAGGCCGCCGAAGGUGGAUUCCAGGAGUACGUCGUCCUGAGGAGCAACUCGGUGUCAGCAAUUCCGGACGAUAUGGCGUACGAGAAGGCAUGUGUAUUGCCUCUGUGUCUGAGCACAGCUGCUUCCGGACUCUUCUGUGACAAAUAUCUCGCCCUCAAUCACCCUUCGGUUGAGAAUUACAUCCACAAGGCUGGCGCUGGUGAUGUGGUUGUCGUGUGGGGUGCCAGCACAGCCGUGGGCAUGAAUGCCGUCCAGCUGCUUGUCGCUGCGGGCUACAGGGUUGUUGCGACAGCUGGAGUCCAUAAUUUCGACACUAUCCGGGGGCUCGGCGCCACGGAGGUUUUCAGUUAUAGAAGCAAGACCUGCGUCAAGGAAAUCGUGGACGCUGUCGGACGCCUCACCUCCGAUGGCCGGACUAAAUGUGGCGGGGCGAUGGCCAUCGGCGAGGCAUCGAUCAAACCGUGCAUCGAGAUACUGGCCACGUGCUGCAAAGGCUCAGAGAGAAAAUUUGUGGCAUCCAUGUCCAUGGACGGCCCGGCAAAGAUGGCGCCCGGGGCUUUCGGAAUGGUAUCCUUCCUGGCCAAGAUGGUGUGGGCGCAAAUCACUACGCUGGUGAAGAAGACCAUGAAGGGUGUCACGGUGCAGUUUGUCUGGGGCACGGAGCUUGUUGACAGUGAUGUUGCAAAGGUGGUGUACAGUGACUUCUUGCCUGCUGCCCUGGCUUCUGGGAGAUUCGUGCCAAUGCCAGAGCCUCAGGUCAUAGGACAAGGGCUGGAGAAGGUACAAGAGGCAUUUGAGGUGGGCAAAAAGGGUGUCUCGGCAAAGAAGAUUGUAAUCACAUUGUGAAUAAAUGGAACUUCAAAGUUCUUGGCUGUGCAACCGAAGAAAGUGCCAGUGUCCUCGUUUGUUUACAGGCUGAUACCUACAUGUUAUGGCCAAGGGGUGUAUUUUAAUAUGCGUGUUGCUUCUUGUAAUAUUUCAUGCUAAUACCAAUGCUGAUGAUUGC